GCCCUCCCUACAUUGACCAACAGGACAGCCAAGGCUAGGUUACAACAGGACCAUUGUCGUGAGGGAGCGCGAACUGUAGAGUGUUGAGUGUUGAGUGUAGAGUGGCUAGCGAGAGCGCAGCGACCAGUGUGUUGUGCUACGCUACAGUACAGCUACAGUCAGUACGCUGUAGGAGCUGUAACUGUGAGUGCUAACCGUGCAGUGUUGUGCGUGCGUGCGGGUGGCGUAGAAGCACAGUGCGCGGCUGGAUACGCUUCCUUUGUUACUUCAUGUAUAAAUGAGUUUCAUCCAGGCUUGGCCAAGUUUUUUCCGAUUACGUAUUUCACUGAACAGAUCCUAAGAUGCCUUCACUACUAGAAGCUAUCGAAAGGAAAUAUGGCAAUGACGGAGAAUGCUUUGAUAAAGUGUUGCCGGUUAUCGCCAUCUAUGUGCCACCGCCACGACAAUGUCUGCCACCGUUGCUGGUGUUCAACGAUUGUGACAUAGACACGGCCGGGAACCCUGCGCAGCUGCAAGAUAAGUGUGCACGCGUCCAGGAGCUGGACUUGGCCCAGAACUCCCUCACAGAGUGGUCCGAAAUAUUGUGUAUCCUGAAACAAAUGCCCAUGCUGAAGUUUGCCAACCUGAGUUUCAACAUGCUGACAGACAGUUUACAAGGCAAACUUUGUGACAGCUUUCCUAUGCUGACCAACUUAGUACUCAACAACACACAGAUAGACUGGCCCAGUGUUAGACAUUUACUCAACAUUUUACCAAGUUUAGAAGAGCUUCAUCUGAGCCUCAAUAAUUUUAACCGAGUGGAUUUAGACGAUGAGCUGUCAGAUGAGCCUUCUGUACGCCAUAAAAACCUGAAAAAGCUUCACUUUACAGGUAAUCCUGUGACGGAGUGGUGUGAAGUCUGCAAGUUAGGUCGAGCAUUCCCUAACCUAGAGAUGCUCGUAAUGGCUGACUGUCCACUCUCGUCCCUGGAUCCCAGCAGUCCCUGCUCUAGCCCGGAGCGGGUCCUCUACUCCCGGUCAGAGAGUGAAUGUGAAGGCAGUCCUCGUCGCAACUCUCCUCACGAUGCCUUCCGUCAACUCUGUGUACUUAACCUCAACGGCACUUUGCUUGGUUCGUGGGAGGAUAUUGAGAGGCUAGGCAGGUUCCCCGCUCUUCAUUGCUUACGAAUUCAGGGUUGUCCACUUUUUGAGGAGUACACAGAACACGAACGACGGCAGCUGCUGAUUGCUCGAUUACCGAACAUUCAGACACUGAAUGGUGGUGGAGUGAUACAACAUGAGGAGAGGGAGGAUGCAGAGAGAGCUUUCAUUCGUUACUACAUGGAGAAGCCAGAGAGUGAUCGUCCUGACAGAUAUUCUGAUCUAGUCUCUAUCCAUGGGCGGUUAGAGCCUCUAGUCAACAUUGAUCUCUCCCCGGAGCGGAGAGUGAAGGUGGCUGUGACGUGUGGCCAGAAUACAGAGCUGAAGAGCAUCAAUGUGUACCAGACUGUGCAGGAGCUGAAGCAAAAACUAGAGUCCUUCUCCAAGAUCCCAGCGACCAAGAUGCGGUUGUUUUAUGUGGAUCAGGAUAUGGCAAGUCUUGGUCCAGAGGAAAUGAAGUUUCCCAACAAACAGAUCUACAGCUAUAAUAUCUGCAGUGGAGACGAGAUCAUUGUCGACUCCAAGAUCUGAACUCCGGUCUGGCUGACCCUUGUUCUCCAAGUCUUGCACCAGCUCUGCGCCAUGCCAGUCGCCAGAAAUUCGGUGUCCAGAAGUCAAUGAUGACAUCAUCGUGAUACAUGACAGUCAACUCCUUACUAACAAACUAACAUCGCCCGUCACUUAGUUUACGUUCUUGUAAAACAUUCUGUUCUAGACAUUAAACAUGUGUUGACUUUAUUGCACUUUUAUUUUAUGAGGGUUAUAACAUUUACUCAUUUUUCUGCAUGUAACAAGUUAUAAAAGAGAUAAUUUAAAGUUUUAGACUCAUAAUAUUAAUUUUCAAAUUGAAUACAAAAUACAACAAAUAUAUUAAAUUUAAUGAUUCUGUUAAUAAAUUACAAUUUAAACUAUUGAUUGAAUAAGUUUUAGUACAAUUUUGAACAUAAGGCAGCUAAUUAUUAUUUAAUGGCAAUUGUACUCAGCCCCUUCCUACAGAGUGGUAAUUAAAGAUCCAGAAUAAGUUUGGAUGUUAAAUGGGUUACUUUCUAAUUAAAGAGUCUGAGAAUAAUUCUUUUGAUAUUUUGUUCUGAAUUUCCAUAAGUUUUGUGCAACUUAGUUUAAACGAAUUAAAUUAAUGCCUUUAAACUAUUGUCAGGCUUGUAGGGUUUCAAAAUAGAAUUGUUAUUCAUAUAAUAUGAAAUAUCAGAUAUGGUUUUUAUUAAAUUAAAUUUAGUUCAUGCACUUGAGUCUGCAUUAAACCAGAAUGUAAAGUACCAUUGAUGUUUCAUUAGUUAUAUAACUGAAUCGCCUUCUGAUGAACUUGUUGCUAGUCUAUUCUGUUAGGUUACAAAUAGUAUAUUUUCAUACAUGCUCCAUUCAUUGUAUUACCUGUGCACUUACUUAAUAUGGCGUAAUGUAUGCCAUGAAUGUUGUGAUAGUACAUAGUUGUGAUUGUGUUAUUUACUCCUUUGUAAAAUGUAGGGAGAGUGUGAAUCAUUGAUUUGCUAAAAUCAGAUUAAUGUUGUAGUAUUAGUUUAUAAUAUGUUCUUGUUGCAAUUUGUACAUUUAUUAUAAUUUUAAGUAUACUCCAUAAAACAACUGCCGUGAAUACUGAUUAGUAAGAUUCCUAAUCUAAGGUUGUUUUAAACCCUUUUUGUCCUUUAAGGGCAUUUUAUUUAUGUAGUAUGUAAACGUAAUGGCAUAAUAAAUAAUUUUAUUACUACA